AUGCGCACUCAGAAUCCACGAUUGGAAGUGUACGAGAGGCGAAAAUCCGGUGCCGUGUCUAGCGAAAUCGGAUACCCGGUGUCAGAAAAACUUAACAACAUUGAUAUCAAAAAAAAAAGUCACCGUAAUAAUCUUUUAAGUACGCUAAACCCGUCCAUCGGCGUUUGAUAUUUUUAAUUACAAAACCAAUACCCGUUCGUCUCUGGUGCCUCCGCGGCCAAAGGGUCCGGCGCGCGUGCACCUUUCGCACCAUCCUACCCCCCCUUUUUCAUAUUCAGGCGUGGCUCUGAAGCCAAAGUUUCAUCGAGAAAAUCGUAUUAACCUGAAAUACAGUUCAAGUGUCUCAGGAGUGGUCUUUUCGGACCGGAAGGAGGUGGCGGCGAAUAGGCAAUACUGGAAGAAGUUUCGUUUCAACGGCCGUGAAAAUAAAAGUGAUGUAUGUACACUUCUCAGGACCACUACGGUCGUUGUACAUGUUCCAAUGAUGGCUUCUCGAUGA